ACUAAGAAAUUCUCUUUAUACGUAAUAUUGGUCUGUGUCUUUGGUGAUCUGUGAUCUUUGGUAAAGAAAUGAAUUGCGUACAUUAUUUGCUUUAUUUUUGAAAAAGAGAUAAAAUUGUAGGUUAUAUCCAAAUUGUAAUUUCAAUUUGGUGUAUUUACAUUAAAAUCACUUGACCUAGAUUAUAAUAUUGCUUGAAUUUUAUAAAACAACAAAACAUAAUGGCGGAUGAAGAAAUAAAUGGAGAUACAGACGAUGUUCAGCAUGAUAAAGACAAAACUUUAAAGAAGACCGCAAAACACGAUAGUGGGGUAGCAGACUUGGAGAAAGUGACUGAUUAUGCUGAAGAAAAAGAAAUCUCAUCUCAGGAUAUAUCUGGUGCUCUCUCACUAAUUGGUGAUCGUAGAAAUAAGGAAGCAGCAGAACGGAUGGAAAAAGAAAAAGAACUUCAAAAAGUUUCAGUCAAGAAGGAUGAUAUUGAACUAAUAGUUAAAGAAAUGGAAAUAUCUAGAACAUUAGCAGAAAGAACACUAAGAGAGCAUAGAGGUGAUGUGGUGGCAGCCUUAACUACCCUUAUAAAUUAAUUUGGAAUGUAAAUAUAAAUUUCUACCAAAAAUACCAUCCGAUUAGAAGAUUGUAAUAAAAUAUAUAAAUCUUUAAAUAGAUUUUCUAACCAUCUAAUCAUUUUCUAUCUGUAGAAUUUUAAGUAAUAUAAAAUUUAUUAAUAGAAGACAGACUUUGGUAAAAAAAUAGUUAGGGUGCUUUGGGCUUAUUAC